AUUGGGGAAAUGGAGCAAUGCGGCAUUCUUGCGCUCCUCCAAAUCGAUUGAAAGUGCAAGCUCAUGGCUAGUUUCUGCAAGAUUGUCAAGCGAUUCUAUCGUGCCAACAAGCCGAUCAAGCCUAACACAUCGUGGCCUGGUUACAGAAAUGUUCUUGAUAUCACGAAUCCGGCUACUCUGAAGAAAGUAGGAGAGUUGCAAGAGGACACCAUUCCUGAUAUCGAAAGAAAGCUCGAGUAUCUACACACGGGGCUCAAGCGCUGGAAGCUUACACACGUUGAUCAACGAAAGGCGGCUCUGGAAAAGUUUGCUGAUGCUUUGGUAACAAGAAAGACGACGCUAGCAAAAAUCCUCACCUCCGAGACAGGAAAGCCGAUAUCUCAAGCAAGGAGCGAGAUUGCUGCCACUGUGGAUCGGAUUCACUACUUCGUCGAAAACUGUGAAAAGGUGAUAGGAACGCAAACGGUUCUGGAAAGCUCCAGAUUGAAGGAGAAAGUACAGUAUGAGCCGCUCGGUGUGAUCGCAAACAUAUCAGCAUGGAAUUAUCCUUACUUCCUCUCUGCGAACGUUUUCGCCCCGGCACUUCUCACUGGGAAUUGCGUGCUUUACAAGCCCAGCGAGAAUGCGAGCCUCACAGGCCAGGAGAUCACAGACAUGCUACACAAUGCUGGGAUUCCAGAGGACGUGUUUGUCAUCUCUAGCGGAGGAGCCGACACAGGCUCCAGGAUUGCUGGAAAUAAAGACAUUGGUGGAUUGUUUUUCACGGGGUCUUACGAUACUGGCUUGGAGAUUGCGAAGAAAGCCUCUCCAAACCUUGUCAAGCUUCAAUUAGAGCUUGGUGGUAAAGACGCUGCUUAUAUACGUCACGAUGUCCCCAAUAUCCUAGCUACGGCAACCACAGUCGCGGAUGGAGCUUUCUAUAACGCCGGACAAAGUUGCUGCUCUAUACGAAGAAUAUAUGUCAACAAGCGGGUCUAUGUUCCUUUCAUGGAAGCUUUGAAGAAGAUAUCUCAUUCGUACAGGAUUGGAGAUCCUACUUUGGAGGACACUUAUAUUGGACCUCUUUGCACCAAAAAGCAAGUAGAAAAAAUCGGAAAACUGCUUGCCGAGGCAAUUAAUCGGGGUGCUCAGGUAGACGUCGGUGGCGACACCACAAACAGUACUGCUCACAAAGUCGGCUACUUCGUUCCUCCGACGAUUCUAACAGAUGUUGAUCACCAAAUGUCGAUUAUGCGGAAGGAAACGUUUGGUCCUGUCGUGGGUGUGAUGUGCGUGGAAGACGAUGACGAAGCCACCACUUUGAUGAGCGACACAGAGUACGGUCUUACUGCCAGCGUCUUUAGCAAGCAUCUCGAAGACGCAGAGGCAAUUCUAAAUGAGUUGAAGGUCGGCACCGGCUAUUGGAACUGCUGUGAUCGGGUCUCACCUCGCGUACCAUGGUCUGGAAGAAAGAGGUCUGGUGUUGGCUCCACGAUGGGAAUCGAUGGAUUGAGAGCUUUUGUUCAACCCAAAGGCUUCUUUUGUCACGAGCCAAUGGCUGCCAUUUAAAAUUUAUACUUAAAAGCAUGAAAUUUUAUUUAAGCGUAUAACUUAUAUUACUUCAUCA